GUCCGCGCUGGCGUAAUGGCCCGCGGUAUCCUAGCAACGCGCCGGCAUCCGGAGGAUGUCUGGGCGUGGACCUGGCAGGUCCGGGGCUGGCUAGGCCUGCAGAAGGACGGGUCCCAGGACCCGCAGAGGGUCCCACACCUGGCCUUCAGUAGGGAUCAAGACGCAGGCACCUACGCCAAAGGGGAGCAAAGCCGGGCUCGGCCCGAGGCCCCCAGGACCUCCAUCUCCCAAUGCCUGAGGAAUCCACCACGUGACCGCCGGACCGCAGUCUCUGACUACAGGACCUCUGUAAGCGCCAUGGCUCCCAAGAAGCCGCCCUGCCUUCCCUCCCUGCUGCUGCCGCUCCUGACGCUGCUUCUGCCCCGGGCAGACACUCGGUCGUUCGUAGUGGAUCGGGAUAAUGACAGAUUCCUCCUGGAUGGGGUCCCGUUCCGCUACGUGUCUGGCAGCCUGCACUACUUUCGGGUACCGCGGGUGCUUUGGGCAGACCGGCUUUUCAAGAUGCGAAUGAGUGGCCUCAACGCUGUGCAGUUUUAUGUGCCCUGGAACUACCAUGAGCCAGAGCCUGGGGUCUAUAACUUUCAUGGCAGCCGGGACCUCAUUGCAUUUCUGAAUGAGGCAGCUAUAGCGAACCUGUUGGUCAUACUGAGACCAGGACCUUACAUCUGUGCAGAGUGGGAUAUGGGGGGUCUCCCAGCCUGGUUGCUUCGAAAACCUAAAAUUCAUUUGAGAACCUCAGAUCCAGACUUCCUUGCUGCAGUGGACUCCUGGUUCAAGGUCUUGCUGCCCAAGAUACAUCCAUGGCUCUAUCACAAUGGGGGUAACAUCAUCAGCAUUCAGGUGGAAAAUGAAUAUGGUAGCUACCGGGCCUGUGACUUCAACUACAUGAGGCACCUGGCUGGGCUCUUCCGUGCAAUACUAGGAGACGAGAUCUUGCUCUUCACCACAGAUGGGCCUGAGGGACUCAAAUGUGGCUCCCUCGAGGGACUCUAUACCACUGUAGACUUUGGCCCAGGUCUCCUGAGCAAGAGUGAGGAGUGGAGUUGGGGAGGAGGCCCCUCUGCUAUGAUGUUUAUCUUUCACCUUUGCCUCCUCUCUGCAGCUGACAACAUGACCAAAAUCUUUACCCUGCUUCGGAAGUAUGAACCCCAUGGGCCACUGGUGAACUCUGAGUACUACACAGGCUGGCUGGAUUACUGGGGCCAGAAUCACUCCACACGGUCCGUUCAUUCUGUAACCAAAGGACUAGAGAACAUGCUGAAGUUGGGAGCCAGUGUGAACAUGUACAUGUUCCAUGGAGGUACCAACUUUGGAUACUGGAAUGGUGCUGAUGAGAAGGGACGCUUUCUUCCAAUUACCACCAGCUAUGACUAUGAUGCACCCAUAUCUGAAGCCGGGGACCCCACACCUAAGCUUUUUGCUCUUCGAGAUGUCAUCAGCAAGGUGCCCUACCACUUGACUAAGCGCCAAAGGCUUUUAUUAAUUUUGGGGAAGGGAGUGCCCAAACUGUUUGUAAAGGGAUCCCAUAAAUCAGUGGUGGUGGUUGGGGCCACAGAGCUCUCCAAGCAUCCCAUGGAAGCAUUUCUUACCCUCCCAAAUGGGAGUACCUGGGGAGAUACACACAAGUUAUAUACAAAAUUACUGGAUCUUCAGCAUCCCCUGAAGCUUUUACCUGGAACCCAGGUUAAGAACCCUGAGCUAGGAUCUUGGAAUAGGGGUUGUUCAUUUGGUUUUCUUAUGGCUCCUGAGAGAAUUUGGGCUCAGUUCCAGGAAAUUCCCUUGGGACCUUUACCUCCCCCCAGCCCCAAGAUGAUGUUCGGACCUUUGACACUGCACCUGGAUGGGGAUUUGCUGGCUUUCCUAAACUACCUAUGCCCCCAAGGGCCCAUCUAUUCAAUCUUGCCAAUGACCUUUGAGGCUGUCAAGCAGGACCAUGGCUUUGUGUUGUAUCGGACCUAUCUGAGCAAUACUGUUUCUGAGCCAACACGAUUCUGGGUGCCAAACAAUGGAGUCCAUGACCGUGCCUACGUGAUGGUGGAUGGGGUGUUUCAUGGUGUUUUGGAACGAAACAUGAAACACAAACUAUUUUUGACGGGGCAAGUGGGGGCCAAACUGGAUGUCUUGCUGGAGAGCAUGGGGAGGCUCAGUUUCGGGUCGAACACCAGUGACUUCAAGGGCCUCACAGAGCCACCAGUUCUGGGGCAAACAAUCCUUACCAGGUGGCUGAUGUUCCCUCUGAAAGUUGAUAAGCUUGUAAAGUGGUGGUUUCCCCUCCAGCUGCUGAAAAGGUCACAUCCUCAAACUCCCUCUGGCCCCACCUUCUACUCCACAAUGUUUGCAAUUUUAGGCUCAAGUGGAGACACAUUUCUCUAUCUACCUGGAUGGACCAAGGGCCAAGUCUGGAUCAAUGGGUUUAACUUGGGCCGCUACUGGACAAAGCGGGGGCCACAACAGACCCUCUACGUGCCAAGACCCCUGCUGUAUCCUAGGGGAGCCCUCAACAAAAUCACAUUGCUGGAGCUGGAAAAUGCGCCGCCCCAGCCCCAAGUCCAGUUCCUGGACAGGCCCAUCCUCAACAGCACCUUGCACAGGACAUAUGUCUAUUCCCUCUCAGCUGAGGUACAAAGUGACCCUGAGCCAAUGCAGCUAAGUGGGCACUGA